AUGGACCAUAAAGACCGUGCCAUACUCUCGUAUAGGAAGGCAAAGGCGAUCGGUCUUUCAUACAACAUGACGAUGAACGAUUUACUCUCGCUUACCCCAAAGUUUUGGCAACUCCAUGGCGACCCGAUGGUGCUAUUGGAUGGGGCUGCGAUGACUCUUCUUACGAUACAAUACAACCUAUGCGCAGGUACACUUGCCCGUUAUGCCGUGCGGCGUCCGGAGUUGGUUCCCCUUGUCGAAGACCUUCUUCGGUACCGUAAGCAUGGACAGUUCAUGCUGACGGAGCUGGGCCACGGCCUCGACAUCAGCAACAUGGAGACAACAGCUACUCUACUGCCUUCGGGGGAGUUCCUUCUCAACUCUCCGACGCCCAGCUCUGCCAAAGCAAUGCCUCCCACUGCGCCAGCUGGGUUGCCGUGCAUAGCGGUCGUGUUUGCGAGGCUCAUUGUCAACGGCGAAUUCUGUGGACACCGCCCGUUCGUCGUCCCACUCAACGAUGGAAGACAGAUGUGCACAGGCAUCCAAUCCAGGUUGCUUCCCUUUCGCGAAGGUCCAAACCCGGUCAUGCACUCCUUGACCACGUUCCACAACGUCCGGCUUCCCCGGAGCGCGCUCCUUGGCUCACUCUCCCGCCCCCAUGACAACCACACGAAUCUCCUGGACAUCAUUCACCGCGUCUCGAUUGGGACUAUUGCCAUCGGUUGCGUCCCGUUGUCCUCCAUGCAGGCCUGCGCGACCAUCGGAGCGAUGUACUCCCUCCGUCGGAAGAUCGGUAGCCCGACACAGCAAGUUCCCAUCUUGACGUUCCGCACUCAGCACGGGCCUAUCCUCGCGGUGACCGCCAGCGCGUACGUGACGCAGGCGCUACAACGGUGGUCCAUCGCACAGUUCUGCGACAAGACCCUCGAUGCUCGCGUGCGGCAUGGCAUUGCCGCCGUCUUCAAGUCGGUCAUGGUGCAACUUUCACAACAAGGCUCCGUGCACGUGUCCGAGCGGUGCGGAGCGCAGGGCCUGUUCGCGCACAACCAGAUGACCCGUGUACACAGCGAAAUACGUGGACUCGCGAUCGCCGAGGGCGACAUCCUCGUGCUCUCUAUCCGCCUCAUCAACGAACUGCUUCUCGGACGCUACACCUUGCCCCCUUCCACAAACCCAGACUCCCUCCUCGCGCGACACGAAGCAGCCCUCUUCGCUGAGCUGCGCGCGGUCGCGGCCGAACCACCGCACCACCGUGACGAGGAGGUGAGCCGGCGCGUGCUCCCGCGCUGCCAGCCCAUGAUGGAGGCGAUCGGGCACCGCAUGGCGUACGACGCCGCGGUCACGCAGGGCGUGCGCCCCGCACUCGUCGACCUCUUCGUCGCAAACGCGAUGCAGUUCGACGCGGCGUGGUACGCAGAGUGCGCGGGGGUCGGGCGCACGGCGCAGCGGGACAUGGAGGCGCGUGCGAUGGACGCGGUGCUGCCGAUGCUGGGCGAGCUUGUCGCGGAGAUGGACGUCUUCGCGUACGUGAGCGCGCCGAUCGUGAGCGACGAGCGGUGGGGUGCGUUUGUUGAGGGCCUCACGACCUACGAGGGGACCGCACACGUGGACGCACUGGAGCCGGCGCAGGGCGCGCCUGUGGUGCAAGCCCAGCCCGAGAUGGUGCGUUCACACUUGUGAUUCGCGCUUGGAUUUUGGCCUCGUCGUAUCAUAUUCCUCUUCCCUGCGCAUCCGUCCCUAACACACUGUAGCAUACUAGUGCUCCCGAGUUGUCUCGUUCCAUACUGUAGACUAUGACCGCUUGCUCUCGUGUUCGCCCCCUACCCUAGUAAUACUUCC